UGCAUUAGGCUAUUUGCGUUCUUACUGCAACUGUCAUUUAUUAGUUAUCACCAUUUAUAACGCGGAUUCUUCAAAUCCGUUCGAGUACUGAGCACCGGAUCAAGGGGACGCCUUUAACUGUAGAGAGCGAUCCCAGGGCCACUGUUCCCUUCAUGGAAGAAUGUAAGCUUGCCUCCCUGUCCCACCCCCCCAUUAGAAGAGUGGUGGAUUCCACAAAGUUGACUCCCUGCAACAGCAAAUCCGAAUCCUUGCCUGACUCUAUGAGAUGUUUAAGCCCCGCCGUGAAGGCUCAAUCUGUGAUUGAAAGCACAGAUUCCACAGGGAUGGAGCCAAAAGCAAGACUCAACAGAAGCUAUGACAUAGCAGAGAGGACAGAGUGGAAGACUUUAUAUGAGAUGACCCAGGAGGAAAAAGACAGACUAUCCAACAUGAAGGAGGAAGUAGAGGAAUGUGAGGAGAGGCAGAGUGUGAAAAUAGAGAGAGAAGAUGGUGUGAUGGAUGACAAGGGACUCAGGAGAGAGCAAGAAAAACCAAGGGAUGAACAGAAGUGGAAGGGUGGAGCUUAUCUAACCUGUCAGACUCACAAAUUUGAGAUUGGAGUGAAAUCAGAAUACGGUCAACAGGACAUGGAGGAGAUGUCCAAUCUGGUCACUGCCUGCCUGCUGAAUCAGCCAAGAGUGGUGAUUUGCAGAAUAAAAAUAACAGGUAAUUCAGUUCCUGAGUCACUAUGUCCCUUCGCCAGGAAAGAAGGCCAGGGAGUGACAUCUCGACAGAGAUGGCAGGAGCUCUCACCAAUGAAGGGAAAGUGUUCACUGAGUCAGAUGGACCAGGUCAUGACUUGGAAGAGAAAGAUGAUUGGCCAGCUGGCAAGACCACAGAAACACCAGUCGGCUUCAUCAGAGAAUGGGCUCUGUCUUGAAGCCUCCCAUAACCCUACAGUCAUCUUCCCAAGGAAACAGUACACAGGACAAAUGGUUGUGGCAUCGUCUGAGGUCUUUGCCUGCUCUCAGUCCCCAUUUGUUCACACAGAGGAAGUGAAUCUUCACCAGCACUUGGAAAAUGUCCAUGCAGAGCAGCUCAGAGAGACUCUGGUGUCUGGAAAAAGUGGAGCUGAGAACCCAUCCAACAGCAGAACACCUCAGUUCUCCAAAGCCCCUGAGACACUCCCCAUCCCAACACAGUCCCACACAGGCACUUCAGGGCCCCACAAUUGCCCCCUGUGUGGGAAGAGCUUCCUAUCCAAGUCACGACUGACAGUCCACCAGAAAAACCACACAGAGGUGCGGCUAUAUCAUUGCUCCCAGUGUGAAAAGAGCUACAAAAACAAAUCUGGAUUGACAGUCCACACACGAAGGCAUACAGGGGAGCGGCCAUACCACUGCUCGCAGUGUGCGAAGAGCUUUGUCUCGUCAUCGCUCCUGACCAGACACCAGCGAACCCAUCCAGGGGAACGUCCAUACCACUGCUCCCAGUGUGGAAAGAGCUUCCUAUCCAAGUCACGACUGACAGUCCACCAGAAACACCACACAGAGGGGCGGCUAUAUCAUUGCUCCCAGUGUGAAAAGAGCUACAAAAACAAAUCUGGAUUGAAAGUCCACACACGAAGGCAUACAGGGGAGCGGCCAUACCACUGCUCCCAGUGUGCGAAGAGCUUUGUCUCGUCAUCGCUCCUGACCAGACACCAGCGAACCCAUACAGGGGAACGUCCAUACCACUGCUCCCAGUGUGGAAAGAGCUUCAAAUCUAAAUCAGAUUUGAAAGUCCACACCCAAAUCCAUACAGGGGAACGGCCAUACCACUGCUCCCAGUGUGGGAAGAGUUUUAUCUCGUCAUCGUAUCUGACCACACACAAGCGAACCCAUACAGGCGAGCGACCAUACCACUGCUCCCAGUGUGGGAAGAUCUUUGGCUCAUCAUCGCACCUGGCCAAACACAAGCGAACCCAUUCAGGGGAGCGGCCACACCACUGCUCCCAGUGUGGGUGGAGCUUCAUCUCAAAAUCUGAAUUGACAAUCCACUCACGACUACAUACCGGGGAACGCCCAUACCACUGCUCCCACUGUGAAAAGAGCUUCAAGUCAAAAUCAGAAUUGUCACACCACACACAAAGACAUAUGGGGGAACGCCCAUACCACUGCUCCCACUGUGAAAAGAGCUUCAAAUUUAACUAUGAAUUGACAGUCCACACACAAAGCCAUACAGGGGAGCGGCUAUACCACUGCUCCCAGUGUGGGAAGAACUACAAAUCAAAAAAAGGAUUGACAGGCCACAAGUUAAUUCAUACAGGGGAACGCCCAUACCACUGCUCCCAGUGUGGGAAGAGCUAUGCCUUGUCAUCGAAUCUCACCAGACACCUGCAAAUCCAUACAGGGGAGCGGCCACACCACUGCUCCCAGUGUGGGUGGAGCUUCAUUUCAAAAUCUGAAUUGACAGUCCACUCACGACUACAUACUGGGGAACGCCCAUACCACUGCUCCCACUGUGAAAAGAGCUUCAAAUCAAAAUCAGAAUUGUCACUCCACACACAAAGACAUAUGGCGGAACGCCCAUACCACUGCUCCCACUGUGAAAAGAGCUUCAAAUCUAAAUAUGAAUUGACAGUCCACACACUAAGCCAUACAGGGGAGCGGCUAUACCGCUGCGCCCAGUGUGGGAAGAACUUUGACUCGUCAUCACACUUCACCAGACAUCAGCAAACUCAUAGAGGUGAGCGGCCACAUCACUGCUCCCAGUGUGGAAAGAGCUUCAAAUCUAAAUCAGGUUUGACAAUCCACACACGAGUGCAUACAGGGGAACGGCCAUACCACUGCUCCCACUGUGAAAAGAGCUUCAAAUCAAAAUCAGAAUUGUCACACCACACACGAAGGCAUAAAGGGGAACGCCCAUACCAGUGCUCCCAGUGUUGGAAAAAAUUAACAUCAAAAACAGGACUGAAAUACCACCAGCUUACUCACACAAGGGAAGGGCCAUACUACUGCUCCCAGUUUGGGAAGAUCUUCAAAUCUAAAUCUCAAUUUACAAUCCACAUGCGAAGUCAUCCAGAAGAAGGCUAUACCACUGCUCCCAGUGUGGCAAGAACUUCAAAACAAAAUCAGUAUUGAUAGUCCCCACACAGAUCCAUACAGGGGAAGGGCCAUACCACUUCUCCCAGUCUGGGAAGGGUUCCGUCAUCGCACCUGAUCACACGGCAGAGAACUCAUACAGGAUGACGCCUCUACCACUGCACCCAAUAUGGAAAGAACUUAAUGAAGUUAAGGGAUCCGCAGAGACAUCGGAAGUCUGUGUCCCCUCACUACCAGACUAGCCCGGGCCUCCCUCCUCAGUCCUUGGGCUUUCUGAUGCUCUACGAGCUGACUGAUCCAAAAUGCAGCCAGCGGAGAGAAAAUUGAAAAGGUCCUGUCUCCCCAGUGAUAUAGCUUCCUUCCAUGCCCUCCGAUCAUCAUUCUACUCCUCUGUCUGUCUUGCUAAAUCUUACUUCUUUCACUGUAAAAUUAAUGCAGCCACCACCCUCCCCAACUCCCUAUCCUCUUUUUCUCCCCUCUGUCUCUGACACUUUGAAACUCCUCACAUCCCACCGCCCAACCACCUAUCCUCUUGUCCCCUCCCCUUCUCCCCUUCAACAAUCCAUCUUUAAUGACAUUCUCCCUUUUCUCUCCUCUCUAAUCAAAACUUCCCUUUCUUCCGGCACUAUGCCCGCUUCCCUUAAGAGGGCCAGAGUCACUCCUCGGCUCAAAAAACCUACUCUUGACCCCUCUGCUCUGAACAACUACCGGCCUGUCUCUCUUCUUCCCUUCCAAUCUAAAACUCUGGAACGUGCGGUCUGCUCCCAACUGUCAACUUAACAAUCUUCAUGAUCCAAAACCAGUCCGGCUUCAAGAGUGGUCACUCCACUGAGGCUGCCCUACUCGCGGUCACUGAGGCACUCCACUCUGCUAGAGCCAAAUCCCUCUCCCCUGUCCUCAUCUUCCUUGACCUGUCGGCCGCCUUCGAUACAGUCAACCAAGAGAUUCUGCUCUCAUCGCUGACUGGGAUGUGAGUGUAACAGGAUCUGCACUCGCAUGGUGUUUUCCUACCUCUCUGAUCAUUCCUACCAGGUGACUUGGAUGGGGCUCAGUCUCAGACCCACACCCCCUACAAACUGGAGUCAUUCAGGGCUCAGUUCUUGGUCCUCUCCUCUUCUCUCUAUAUACCAUGUCUCUUGGUUCUGUUCCCAUUGCUUUUCUUGCCAUUCUUAUGUCGAUGGCACUUUCUUUCCUUCCCUCCCAAUACCCAGGUGACCAUACAGAUCUCUGCCUGCUUGGCUGAUAUCUCUGCGUGGAUGACUUCCCACCACCUCAAGCUUAACCUUGGAAAGACUGAGCUUCUCUCCAUCCCUGCUCCUCUCCGACAAUCGACCUCUCACUGAUUGUUGAGGACUUUGUAGUAUCCUCCUCCCAUACGGCCAAGAAUCUUGGGGUGACUCUUGAUAACCACCUCACCCUCGCUCCACAUAUAUCCUCCACUGCCAGAACCUGCAGGUUCUUCCUCUGUAAUAUAUGCUGUUUGUGUCAUCUUGUGAUGGAGAAAGCCACCCACCCCUGCGUCCAGGUGCUCGUGAUCUCCCGUCUGGAUUACUACAACUCCCUCCUGGCUGGUCCAGCUGGUCCAGAAUGCUGCUGCCACUCCUCAUUGGCCUCCGCUGUUUUUUUGAUGCUUUUAACCUGUGGAAGAACCUGUGCACUUGUAAUUCACUUUGGAUUAAAACCGUCUCCCAAAAUGACAAAAUUGUUCAAAUAUAAUUGUAAAUAACAACAGUCCCUCCAACAUCAAAAACACAACCAGAUUUAUUUUAUUGUUUUUUUUUUAAUAUUUGACAAAAAAUGAAGUAUUCCCUCCAUACCUCCUUCAAAUAAAAAUGAGAUGGAUAACAUAGACAGGAAUAAACUAAAGCUGUCUUUGUAUAUUGUAUAUUGCCAUUGUUUGGCUUUAUUAAUUCACCACAUAAAAUAUUGUGGCAUCUAGGGGGGCAAACUGGGGUCGCACAGUUCCAGGUUGGUGAGACCAUUUUCAAUGUACAUAAGCAUUGUUGCUAGCAAAAUGUAAUGUGUCUGUUUAGGUUUGCUAGCUGUUUAUGUUAAAUAAAACGUGUGCAUUGUUUGAACAAAUCUUGUUGCCCUGUGUGGGGUAUGGGGGGGC